CGCCCCGCCUCUCAGCACCUCAGCCCCUCAGCCCCUCAGCGGCAGCGGAGCUUCGGCCGCCAGGCUCGCGGCCCCAGGCUGAGGUAGCUGGUGGCGGAGUCCGCGCGCCGGCCUGCUACGGGCAGGCGGGAGGGCGGGGCCGGCGCCUCCCCCGCGAGCUUGGUCUGGCGAGGUUGGCGGACCGAGCCCGAGGUGGAAGUGACCUUCGAGGAUGUAGCUGUGCUAUUUACUCGGGAUGAGUGGAGGAAGCUGGAUGCUCUGCAGAGAAGCUUGUACCGGGACGUGAUGCUGGAGAACUAUAGGAACCUGGCUUCCCUGGGAUUCCCCUUUACCAAACCAAGGGUGAUUUCCCUGUUGCAGCAAGGAGAAGAUCCCUGGAAGGUUGAAAAAGAAAUCCCUGGAGGCCCCUCACUCGGAUGGAAGAACAGUCAGAAAACUACAAAAUCAACUCAAACACAAGACUCUUCAUUUCAGAGACUGAUAAUGAAAAAUCUCAAAAUGAAUGGACCAUGGAACUUGAAAUCAGAAAAAUGUUGUACAUAUGAAGGCAAAUUUGAGAAGAAGCCAGAUAAAAAGGGAAGUUGUCAGAUAGUUUCAGUCACCCACAAAAAAACCUUGACUCCGGAAAGAAGCCAUAAAAAUACUGAAUCCAGCCAAAGCUAUUCAAAGCCAGUUGUUCCCCGAGAGAAAAUACCAUCUAAAUGUGAAAAGCAAGGAAACAUUUUCAAACAGAACUCAGAUUUAUUUACUCAACCAAAAAUUACAGCAGAGAGACGCUAUCAGUGUAGUAUGUGUGACAAAACCUUCAUUAACACUUCAUCUCUUCGUAAACACGAGAAAAACCAUAGCGGAGAAAAAUUAUUUAAAUGUAAGGAAUGUUCAAAAGCCUUCAGCCAAAGUUCAGCUCUUAUUCAGCAUCAAAUAAUUCAUACUGGAGAGAAGCCCUACAUAUGUAAAGAGUGUGGGAAAGCCUUCACUCUCAGCACAUCCCUUUAUAAACAUUUAAGAACCCACACUGUAGAGAAAUCCUAUAGGUGUAAGGAAUGUGGUAAAGCCUUCAGCCGAAGGUCAGGCCUUUUUAUACAUCAGAAAAUCCAUGCUGGAGAAAACCCUUAUAAAUAUAAUCCAGGUAGGAAGGCAUCUAGUUGCAGUGCAUCCCUUCCUGGUCAAAAAAAUUACUCCAGAAAAAAGUCCUACUUAUGUAAUGAAUGUGGCAACACCUUUAAGUCUAGCUCAUCCCUUCGUUAUCAUCAGAGAAUUCACACUGGAGAGAAGCCUUUCAAAUGCAGUGAAUGUGGGAGAGCCUUCAGUCAGAGUGCAUCACUCAUUCAACAUGAACGAAUUCACACUGGAGAAAAACCCUACAGGUGUAAUGAAUGUGGAAAAGGCUUCACUUCUAUUUCACGACUCAACAGACAUCGAAUAAUUCAUACUGGAGAGAAGUUUUAUAAUUGUAAUGAAUGUGGCAAAGCCUUAAGUUCCCAUUCAACCCUUAUCAUUCAUGAGAGAAUUCAUACUGGAGAAAAACCAUGUAAAUGUAAGGUGUGUGGGAAAGCCUUCAGGCAAAGUUCAGCUCUCAUUCAACAUCAGAGAAUGCAUACUGGUGAAAGACCCUAUAAGUGUAAUGAGUGUGGGAAAACAUUCAGGUGUAACUCAUCGCUUAGUAAUCAUCAAAGAAUUCAUACUGGAGAGAAACCAUAUCGAUGUGAGGAAUGUGGGAUGUCAUUUGGCCAAAGUUCAGCUCUUAUUCAACAUCGAAGGAUUCAUACAGGAGAAAAACCCUUUAAGUGUAAUACAUGUGGGAAAACUUUUAGACAGAGCUCCUCACGUAUUGCACAUCAGAGAAUCCAUACAGGAGAGAAGCCCUAUGAGUGUAACACAUGUGGGAAACUUUUCAACCACAGGUCAUCCCUUACUAAUCAUUAUAAAAUUCAUAUGGAAGAAGACCCCUAGAAAGUAGAUUUGCAUGUGUAAAAGCCUGAAACCAAAGCUCACCAUCAUAUAUACUCUUGAAAGUGAUAUAAUGUCGUGCAUAGGCAAAAAAAAAAAAAUCCCUGUACUCAUUUAGUUCUUAUCAAAUAUCAAAUCUCAUGGAUAAAAUCUUAAAUAUGUAUUAGGUAGUUGUUCAUAUCAGACACUUUUCAAAGUCUGAAAUAAAUUCAUAACUGGAGAUGUUGACUUUAGGCAUUUGUAAAAUAUAUUGGUUUUUCUUCUAUAGGAGUAUACACUAGACAUAUGUGAUCAUCAAAAAUACCUGACUGGGUAGGGAGUGGUGCUCUAAAUUUCUCACUGAACUACACUGGAAAUAUUUUUUAUAGUGUUUUAAUAACAGAAAGGAUGGAUCCAAUAAAUUACACAUUUUUAGAGAAAAGGACCAAAAUAAAAUAUAAAAAGAAACUGUAAACUACCUCUUAUUGUCUUUUGUUUAUUCUUUUUUCUGACCUAAUGUCAGAACACUGUGCAUGGAUUUCACUAAAAUGAAAGAAAAUUUAAAUGCGGUCUAUUUCUUUGUUUUACUGUUAGUAACUGUGAAUUGGGAAUUAUCUAUCCAAUUUCUGUCCUUAGAAUUUUUUCAUUGCUUUGAAGUUACUUAUAAAAGCGUACCUACUGUUAUCCUAUGAGCUGCUAUCUAGAUAUAUUAAACAAAAAAAUAGGCAGUUAUUUCACUUCAGCAAUUAAAGUUACCAAACAUAGUUUUUUAAAAUUUUAUAACAAAGGACCUAUCAACCAUUAGCAGUCUAACACCUGUGACAGAAUCGUGAUGAGGACAUUGCUGUAGUCUGAAUGUGUUCUUUUUUUUUUUUUUUUGAAGUUAUUUGAAAGUUCACAUUAUGAUCCAAACCUCCAGUCAGACACAGUAGCACACACCUGUAAUCUCAGAAGACUGAAGCAGGAUUGCAAGCUCAAGGUUAACAUGAGCAAGGUAGUAAGACUUGUCUAUCUCAGUGUAGAAAAAACUGGAGACAUAGCUCCAUGAUUCAAAACCCAGCAAGAAAGGGAUCUUAAUCUCCAAGACAAUUAAGGUAUUAAAGACUUAUAAGUUAUUAAGAAAUGAGACUUUGAGGAAAAGGUGGUUAAUUCAUAAGAACAAAGCCCUCACAAGUAAAAGUGGUGCUGUAUAAAAGAGAUCCAAGGUAACUUGCUCUGCCUUCCAUCAUAAGGACAGGGAGGAGAUGCACCUUAUUCUUGGACUUCCCAGCCUCCAGAACUCUGAGAAAUAAUUUUCUAUCAUUCCUAAGUUACUGAGCCUUGCAUAUUGUUACAGCAGAUCAAGUGGACUAAGACAUCUGUUAUUUCAUAAAUUUUUUUCUUACAGUGGGCGAGUUUUCUACCAUUGAGCUACAGUCUCAGCCUAGUAAACUUUCUCUUUGAUCCCUGGUUUGGGACUGGUACUACACUGCACACCAUGGGUUUUAAAAAGAAAAGCACAAGUCUUCAUCCAAAAACCUAUGAAUCCAGCUGGUAUCAUGGCAAAAACCAGCACCCUAGAUGGCUGAGCCAAGAAGUUUGCAAAUUCAAGCCCAACCGAGGCAAUUUAGCACUGUAGACCCUGUGUCAAAAAAUAAAAAGGGGUGAUAUUUAACUUAGUAUGAAAGCCCUGGUUUCAAUGAACAAACAGAAGAACGGUGGAUUGGGAGGGAGGGAGCAGAAAUGAGUAAGCAAUGCAUUAUGUCACAGUAUGUAAGAGUGGUUGUUUUAGCAGAUAAUAGAGUUGUGGAAUUAUGUGUUGGUACAAGAAUCUUGUAAAGUUUUGUACAAGAUAAAUAAAGAGACCUAAAGAAGCA